UUGGCGCUGAUGGUGACCAGCCUUUUGGAGACGAUGUUCAUUGUUAACCUCAAUAACAACUCAACAUAUUACCCCAGAGUGCCCCGUUGGCUCCACAUUCUCGUUCUGGACUACCUAGCACGUCUCCUGUUCAUGUCCCCUAAACCUCCUGCUGCUCCGGUCACAGCGACUUUAAACCCACAUGCAAAGGUGAUGCUGGACAUGUCAAGUGAAGCAAUGACACGUGCUAAGGCUGGAGAAAUGGAGAAGAUGGAAGGUGCGGCCGUGGUGGAUGAGCUGAAGAAAGUGGCCCGAGAUGUGUUGACUAUUCGGCUGUGGAUGGAAGAACACCUGAGACCCAAACAGAAUGACUGGAAGCUGAUCAUGAAUGUUAUCGAUCGCCUCCUGUUCGUGCUUUACAUCCUCUUUGUGAUCGUGACCUACAGCACCAUAAUAGCUUUAUGGGUCAGUUACUAAAUGCAACACUCUAAGUAGGAAUAACAGAUAAGAGGGAAAAGGCAUGAGGAUGCAAAUGUAAAUAUAAAAUCCCCAACCUGGGCAUCGUUUUUUGAACAAUUAUGAAAACAAAUGCAAGAGAUCACAGAAACCCACACCAAUCACCCUACCCUGUCCUUAAAGCUGUCUCAAUGCUUUUUCAGUAUAAAAAGAUCAAUGGUACCACUUUACAUUGAAUAUAAUGUUCAUCAUAAAUAAUGAACUUCAGCAUUAAUAUCUUAAUAUUAAUAUUAAUAUUAACCAUCAGUGACAUUAACAAAGUCGGGUUCAGUAGGUUUUCAACAUUUAGCAACAUGCUAUAAUAUUAUUUUGGGGGAACUUAUUUUUAGUCCUAGAGUGAAUAAACAAUAGUUAAUGCAGGUGCAGUUAGUUAACAUUUAGACAAAUGCCAACUGAUACAAACAUUAAAUUAAUUUGUUAACACUACUGAAGUUUCGCAAAUUUUAUCUAAUGCAGCAAUUAAUGCUUAAUCUACUCUUAGUCUAAAUCAUCUCAUACACACACAAAGAUAUAAUUACAUACUUGUAUGGUACAAAUAUAAAUAAGGUAACCACCAAAAUCACAAGACAUUAAGAAACCAAACUUCCUUCUUCAAUGAAGCUUAGAAACACUCCACAGAUUUUUUUUGUUUAAUUGUGUAAGUCUAAAUGUCAAAUGUCAAUACUCUUAUCCACGUGGUCCAAAGAUCCAAAGGUCCACAGAUUACAUUUUUCCAAUACAUAGCAAUCAAGCUUGAAAUGAAGAUAAAUUAAAUGAAUUUUAUUUCAUGGCUUUUAAAUGACUGCAUUUUUUGAAGAAAAGACCAAAAACACAAAUUCUGGGACACAUUGCAAGUGUGUUUGUUCCCCCCCCAAAACUGUAAACAUUUGUAAAAUCACAAACCUAAAUCAGGAAUAUUUGGGUUGAACAUACCUGAUUUUUGUAUUUCAGGCUAUUAAAAUAUACCAUUGAAUCUCAAAGCUUAUAAAACUGUGUGCUUGCAAAUAUUUGAAGUUAUUCUGAUUACAAAUUGUUAACUGUAUAAGAUACAAGAAGGACUGGGCCUAGGCCUAUAAAAUCUAAACUACUUAUGUGGCCAUCUUGUGGGAAUGAAAACAGCAAAAUUGGGGUAAGUGAUUAUUAAUAAUAUUGAAAGGUUUGUUUAUAAAGAUGCUUUUAUGACCAGUCACUAUUAGCGCCACCUAAACAAUCUCAAAAUCAAAACGAAGUGAUCUGCAAUUGAUUUGCAAAAUUAGAAAUAUAAUAUCAUUAUCAUCAACUUAUUUUUGCAGGGCUACAAAUUCUGCUAAAUGGCUUUUAUAUAUAAAAUAAUCUACUUCUCUUUCAUUUAACCCUAAAAUAAAAGAAUAAUAAACUCCAUACUAAGUUGAAUGUCUAUGUUUCACUAUGCCUGCAUUAAACACAAACAGUUUGUAUUUUUUAUACAGAAAUUUCAUUUGAAAUUGCUAGAUUUUUUUUAAUA